AUGGCUGGUGGAGACGAUAUGCUGGCGCCUCCAGCAAAGACCAACACAAAAGACCCUGGCGCGCACGAACUAGAGUCCGAAUCCGACGACCACUUCUCAGAUGCACAGUCCGCCCCGUCCGAAUCUCGCGGGGCGUCCCCCAAGCUUCCAAAGACUCGGGUGGAAAAGGUUGAUAAUGAGCCGUCUUUCGGAGAAGUACCCGGAACUGAGGCAUACCAAAAGCGGACACGCGACGCCGAGCCUGAUGAGAUUGCCAUCGCCAAAGACUCGUCCAGUGCCGCUAGUGGGCCUGAAGACAAGAAGCAGGAUGAUGUGUCCUCAGAGAAACCACAGGUGCCACUGACUGUGGUGGAAGAGACUGUGGACUCGGCCGGAUCUAUAACGCAUUCUGGAACGCAUCAUGAGUCGGAUGCUGCUCCCGACAAGGUGGUAAAGGUGGAUGAGGGCAAGUUUGACGAAGCCGAGGCCAGUUCCAAGGAUGGGGCCGUAGAUACUACAGUAGCAACUUCAUAUCCAUCGCCCCCAGCAGAAUCUGAAGACACUCCACAGAGUCCACCAAAAGUUACUGCCAGUGCUUCUCUUGGAGAGUCAGGUAGCGCUGCUGCUCUCCAGGAGGAAAAGGAGGAUGAUGAGGAGUACAAUGAGGGUAAUGAUGAUGAUGGCGAUUUCGGGGAUGAUUUUGAUGAUUUUGAGGAGGGUGGCGGCGACGCGGAUGAUGAUGACUUUGGUGACUUUGACGAUGGUUUUCAAGAACCUGUGGCUCCAGAGGACGCUCCUCCACCAGUCGCUGCACCUCCGCCGCCAGCCCCAGGUUAUAACCUCUCCUUUCCCGUCCCUGACUUCGAUGGGCUAGACGCCGACGCAGUGAUGGCCACCACAGAACCGUAUCUCAACGCUAUAUACCCGCCAGACGACGACGACAUAGUCGUUACCCAUUCAUACCCACAAGAAAACCCGAUAUUCCAAACCCCGCGGAGUGCAUCUUUAUGGGCACAGCUAGUUGCACCCCCUCCGCUCCAGCCGCCGGACUGGAUCCGCUCCCGCAUCCGCCGACUCUUUCUUGUGUCUCUUGGCGUGCCCGUGGACCUCGAUGAGAUCCUGCCAGCGUCCAAGCAAAAGAAGCUCGUUCUCCCAUCUCUAAACCGCGCUGGCAGCAACGGGACCCCCCGCACAUCCACGGACUCGCGCAACAUUACCAAGCUCAAACAGGAGGCCGGCGCCUCUACCACCAGCCUCGACUCUCAGGGCAACAAGAAGCCUCGUCCCAGUGGCGAUGCAGCCGCGUCUACCUCGACGGCGCGCAAGAAAAACGAGCCCGUGGAGCCUGAGCUUGACCUCGUUUCCGCCAAGCAACUCUGCAUGACCACCGACGAGGCCCUCGACGGCAUGACGGAUGGUGAGCUAAAGGAGCAUGUUGCCAAGCUCCAGGCCAUCGAAGGCGCCGCAAAAGAGUUACUAGAGUAUUGGCAGAAGCGCACAGACGAGAAAAUUGGUGACCGGGAAGCAUUUGAAGGUGUUAUUGAAAGUUUGGUCAAGCAUGCAAGGAAGGUUAGAAAGUAG